AAUAAACUAAAAACUACGGUGUAUCGCUGCCAAUCCUUUAGAAAUUCAAUUUUAGGUCGUGAAUGCCGUGAACUAGUCAACGAAUGCUUGGAUUCAUCAUUGAACGACUGCGAUCCAGCAGCAACUUGCCGCGAUACACCAGAUUCGUACGAAUGCGAAUGCCCGAUCGGAAGUCGCGACAUCUCCAAGGAUUCGUCAAAACCUGGCCGAAACUGCUUCGGACUAGUCAACGAGUGUCUCAUGCCUCAUUUGAACAACUGUUCACGAUUUGCAGACUGUACCGAUAAGGAAGAGGGUUAUGAGUGCAAGUGCAAACCGGACUAUCAUGAUCAGAAUCCAAGCAAUCCAGGAACUAACUGCAAAUUCAUUAUCAACGAAUGCCUGGCGGAGAAUUUGAACGACUGUGACAAACGAGCCGAAUGUAUUGACACUAUUGAUGGGUACGAGUGCAAGUGCAAAGCGCCAUAUGAGGACCAAAUGCCACAGAGCCCAGGACGAGUUUGCAGAUACAACGAAUGUGCUGAUCCAAAAUUGAACGACUGUGAUAAGAAUGCCGACUGUAUCGACACCGAUGAUGGAUUUGUCUGCCAAUGUAAACUCGGAUUCUUCGACGAAAACACUGAUCCUCUCAAGACCGGCAGGGUCUGUAUUGAAUUAGGUCUCGUCAUCGAUCAACCACAACAAGUCGAAAAGACGACGAUAUCGCCCAAUUUGGUCCCGUGUGGAAAUACCUUCUGUAAAGUCGAUCUGCAUGAGGUUUGCAUCGGUGGAUCAAAAUGCGGAUGUCGACCAGGAGAAUCUCGAUCGACCCCCAAUGACAAAUGCGUGGCAGUUACAUCGGUGCCCAUAGUAGUCCGAGUAAUUGACUACGACGGCGAACCACUACAGUACUCAACCGACUACAGUAAGCCAACGAGUCCGGAACACGUGCAAAUAGUCGAAGAUGCUGUCAAGGGUCUCGGAGAUGUGUUCCGUCAAACCGACGUUGCACCUCGUUACGUCACCACCGAUGUGAACUACAUCACAAAUCCCAAGGUCGAGAACAGGUGUGUAACGGGUUCCUCACCGCGAUUACGGUAA